CCGGGACUAUAAAACUCAAAAGUACAACGAGUGCAAUUGUAAAUAUGUGACAAUAACGUGUCAGAAAAAUAUUAUUUCUUCAUCGUAACAUUCCAAAUAAUGCAACAUAGAUCUAACUAGGUAAUGGUUCUAUUUAAGGUUUAAAAUGUUUAUGGAAUAUUCGUGGAAAUGGGGGAUUAUACAAGGUUAAAGACGGAAGAAGAGGAGGACGAUUUGCCUGUCCCUCAACUUCGUGAAGCUCCAGAAAUGAUGGCUACGGUCAUUUCGUCCUGUGCGGCCAGUGCAAUGGCCGUAGAAGAAGUACUUAAACAAUUUAAUACAGACCAGAGCAGGGGCUUGAGUAAUGACGAGAUUGAAAGACGAAGAAUGCUUCACGGUUGGAAUGAGUUCGAUGUAGUUGAAGAAAAAGCACUGUGGAAAAAAUACCUCGAUCAGUUUAAAGAACCCAUGAUAUUGCUUUUGCUGGCAUCAGGGUUUGUCAGUAUAUGUAUGGGUCAAUUCGAUGACGCUUUCAGUAUCACUGUGGCAAUUUUGAUAGUGGUUACGGUAGCAUUUGUUCAAGAGUACAGGUCUGAUAAAUCUGUCGAAGCUAUUACCAAGUUAGUUCCACCACAAUGCCACUGUGUAAGAGCAGGGAAGAUGUUUAAUUUCCUGGCCCGGUGCCUGGUACCAGGAGAUUUGGUUUGUAUCUCUAUUGGAGACAGAGUUCCUGCUGAUAUACGCCUGACUGAGGCGGUGGACCUUGAAAUCGAUGAAUCUAGCUUUACUGGGGAAAUGGAACCAGCCAGUAAGACCACCCUCCCUAUACCUGCUGUAAACUCUGGGUCUGGUGUCUCGGCCAGGCGCAAUAUUGCAUUCAUGGGCACACUGGUCAGAAGUGGGAGAGGGAAGGGUGUUGUUAUAGGGACAGGUGAAAACUCUGAGUUUGGAGAAAUUUUCAAGCUUAUGAAAGCAGAAGAGACUCCUAAAACACCUCUUCAGAAGAGCAUGGACAGCCUUGGGAAACAGCUGUCUUUUUAUUCUUUAUGUAUUAUAGGUCUUAUAGUUCUUCUUGGCUGGAUUCAGAAAAGAGCCAUACUAGAAAUGUUUACAAUAGGUGUAAGUCUUGCUGUAGCAGCCAUCCCUGAAGGUCUCCCAAUAGUAGUCACCGUCACGCUGGCACUGGGUGUUAUGCGCAUGGCCAAGAGAAAUGCAAUAGUCAAGAAGCUCCCCAUUGUCGAGACUCUUGGGUGCUCCAGCGUGAUCUGCUCUGAUAAGACAGGGACGCUGACAAAGAACGAGAUGACGGUCUCACAGAUAUUUACCGCUGAUGGCUUCUAUGCAGAGGCAACAGGUGUUGGCUAUAGCCCCCUUGGUGAGGUCAUAUUAAAUGAAGACCCCAUCACUUAUACCAGCAAUAGCUCCAUUGCCAAAACAGUUGAGGCUGGCUACCUUUGCAAUAACGCUAGCAUCAGGAACGGAGUGUUGUAUGGCCAACCCACGGAGGGUGCAAUCGUCACAGUGGCACAAAAGCUUGGUUACCAUGACAUCAGGGAGGAUUUUGUCCGUGUAGACGAGCGCCCCUUUAGUUCAGAGAAGAAGCUUAUGGCAGUCAAGUGCAGAAGAAAACACAGGAGCUCCGCUAUGGCCGAGAUCGCGCGGGAUAUAUACUAUGUCAAGGGUGCCCCCGAGAACGUGAUGCGCCAAUGUACUUCAUAUUACAAGAACGGCUCCGCGGUACCCAUGACGGCCAAAGAUGUGGAGAGAAUAGGAGACGCCGUCUUAGCCAUGUCUUCCCGUGGCCUCAGAGUCAUCGCUUUUGCUCACGGCGAAGAUCUACAACAGCUCACCUACCUAGGAAUAAUGGGAUUGCUAGACCCCCCGCGAAAUGGCGUACGCGAGGCGGUGCGAACACUGCUGGACAGCGGUGUGCAGGUCAAAAUGAUUACGGGAGAUUCCCGCGAAACAGCCAUCACUAUCGCGGAGCUACUCGGGAUCCACUUCAAGGGAAGACCCACGUUAUCAGGCGAGGAGCUGGAGGCGCUAGAUGGACUCCAACUCUCCACUAUUAUUGACCAGGUGUCUGUAUUUUACCGGGUCAGCCCAAGGCACAAGGUCGCAAUAGUAAAGGCUCUCCAGCAGCACGGUCAUGUGGUAGCGAUGACUGGGGAUGGCGUGAAUGAUGCCGUGGCGCUGAAGAGGGCUGAUAUAGGUAUAGCGAUGGGUAAAUCCGGUACGGAUGUCAGUAAAGAAGCCGCGGAGAUGAUACUGGUCGACGACGACUUUAACACCAUCAUGGCGGCCAUCGAGGAGGGCAAGGGCAUCUUCUACAACAUUAAGAACUUUGUGCGCUUCCAACUCAGCACGAGCAUCGCAGCGAUCUCUCUAAUCACCAUAUCCACAUUUCUCAAGCUGCCGAACCCAUUGAACGCUAUGCAAAUCUUGUGGAUUAAUAUUAUCAUGGACGGGCCGCCCGCGCAGAGCCUCGGGGUGGAGCCCGUUGACAGUGACGUCAUGAGAAGACCCCCUCGUAAUGUCAAGAGUCCCAUGAUCACCAAGACAUUGAUAGCCAAGGUCAUCUCUGCUGCGCUGUUGAUAGUAUGUGGGACACUGUGGGUCUUCUGGAGAGAGAUGAGGGACAAUAUCAUAACUCCUCGUGACACCACCAUGACGUUCACGUGCUUUGUAUUCUUCGACAUGUUCAACGCACUCAGCUGUCGAUCACAGGAAAAGUCCAUAUUCCAGGUGGGGUUCCUCACGAACCGCAUGUUCCUGUAUGCAGUUGGAGGCUCUCUGAUUGGCCAGUUCCUGGUCAUAUACUUCGCGCCCCUGCAGGCAGUCUUCCAGACGGAAGCUCUGCACAUAACCGAUAUCCUCCUCCUCCUUGCCGUGUCGUCGUCUGUCUUCAUUGUCGACGAGAUUAGGAAGUUCAUCACGUAUCGUGUGUCGAAACGGAGGAGACAAGCGGCUAAGGAGAAAUUCCAAGUAUAAUAUAAAUAAACCGAGUUCAAACUUCGUAUAUUAACCACGAGCUGUUUUGUUUUAUCUUCAUUUGCAUUUGUAUUGGAACGACUCGUGGGUAAUAGGACGUUUGAACUUAGCUUCAUUUGCAUUUGUAUUGGAACGACUCGAGGGUAAUAGGACGUUUGAACUUAGCUUCAGGCAAUGCAGGCUUAUAAAAAAGUGAUUGUUCGCAUCUACAGUGGAAUAAUUAUCAGUAUUUAAUGUCAUUUUGAUAAAUGCUUACAUUAAGGAUCACACACAUGAGUCUAAAACACCACCCCUUAUUUCAAAUACGUUUUAAAUCAGCGCAAGUGGCAGUUCUGCCAUCGAAAAAUACAAUUGUUUCUACGUAAUGUAAGAAGCUUUUGCUCUUAGAACUUCCAUUUGCCAUGCACUGGCAACGUUUAUUGAAAUAGGUGUAUACGUAGAUAAAACAAAAACAUUACAAAGCAAACAGGUACCUACCUACCUUGUUGUGCUGUUUGGUGGAUCUGUAAAGUGCCAUCACCGGCCAGCAUUCUUUCCACCGCCUGACUUGAUUGACUGACCUCAAGACAAGGGAGAUGUUGGCAAACUGUUUCUCAACACCUCCUUACAUGGUGUGCAAACGGCGCCAACAUUGCUGGGCCAGCAAUCUUGAUACUGUUUGCACGGGGAGUAACAAUGCUCCCGGUUGCAUGCUUGCUUUGGAUGAAGAUAGGUAAUGUUGGGUUGUUUUAAGGAUGAUUGAGACGGCAGUUAUUAGUCGUAUGCGACCUGCCUAUAACGUGCCAAUUGCACACUAGACUUUCAUAGUCUAUCGUAGUAGCAGAGUCGUAGGCUUUCUACAUUCUGCAAGUGGAAUGGUAGAGGUGUUGCGGGCAAGUAGCAUACGACUAAAUCGCGCAGUCUAAUUCAGCCUAUAAAACUUAACAUUAGGAACAAAUAUUCAAAAUUGGAAAAGUGAACAUAUAAGACUAAAAGGAACGCGAUAUUAAAAGAUGGGAUAAUAUUUUGUACAAGCUUGCACAUAUUAAACUGUACAGGGAUUUUGAAA